UAAUGUGUAUUUUUUAAAUAGGUAUGGCGGUAUUUGGAAAAAUUAAAAAUGUAUAGAAGCAAUAUGUAGUGCUAAUGCUAGCCUCAUCUAGCAGGGUUUAAAAAUGCAACAUAAUGGAAUUAUAGAUAAGAAGGAGAAAUAGAUAUGGCAGAAUAUCAUCUGCUUGGAGGUGGUUUUGGUGUGAGUGGAAAUGAAAUGGAAGAUUCAACAGGAAUGGUUGGAAGUGGAGGUUAUGGGCAUAAUAUGGCAGAACCUGGUAUUGGAACUGAAAUGUUACCAUCAAAUAUACCUGCUGGACCUUCACAGAACUCUAAUCCAAUGAUAUCUGGAAUGAUGCCACAUCAACAGUCUCCAGCAGAAUCUCAGGUAGAACAUGGAGGUAUGAGCAAUUAUCAUCAAUCAGGACCAGUACAUGGUUAUCAGCAAAAUGAAGUGCCUCAGAAAUUACAUCACUAUAAUGUUUACAAUGGUCCAGCCACACAAAGUGGUCAAUAUGUUUCAGGUCCAAGAUUCACACAUUUAGGUGAUGCAUCACAUCCCUCUUCAGGUGUUAGACAACAGCCACCACAAGCUGUGCCUCCAUCUCAAAUGCAGAUGUAUCAACAUCAAGGUAUGGGAGGAAGCCAUUAUGGACAAAGACCACAGCAACCAAAUCCAGUCUCCGUACAUCCUCCUCAAAAUUCUGCACAGUAUCCAGGACAAUAUGGUUCAGUACCUCAUUCUCAAUAUCAGCAUCAUCAACAGCAUCCAAUCCAGCAUGUAAAUCAAUCUAAUGAAAUGUGGCAAAAUGCUUAUGGACAUCAACAACAUACUCGUCUCAGUUUAUCUCAAGGACAAACAUAUUCUCAUCAACAGCCACCUACUCAAAAUCAUGGAGCAAAUCCUGUUCAACAUGGAGGUAUGCCUUUACAAGGAUCACGACCUAUUGCUCCAACACAGAACCAAUACAUGCCUGGACAAGAUUUUCAAAUGGCACAUUCUCCUGUACAAACACCAUCAAUGCAACGACCACCAGUUUAUCGAAUGGCAGCCUCUCAAUCUAAUCAAAAUGGAUCACAUAUUACUCAAACAACUGGAACACCAUCUGGAGGAACUCAGUUUCCUCAUGUUCCAAUGUCUCAAUCAGAUCAGUCUGUACCACCAUAUUCUCAGGGACCGUAUGCCCCAACUUCUCAGCCCGUGGCAAGAGCCCAUUUUAGUGGCACAAAUGCAAGUGGAACAAUUUCACAUCAAACAUCUGGUCAGAUGUCUUCUACUGGUGUACCUAGACCUAUGCAGCAGAUGGGUUAUCCAUGUGCCUCUCCAAGGAUAAACUCGGGUCAGCAACAUGGUGGAUCAUUGCCUCCAAAUAGUCCAGCUCAGUAUCCGAUGUCAUAUUCUCCUAAUCAGACAUUUACAAAUACUGCCCAGUCUGCUCCACAUGUCAGUGGAUCUUCAAAUCCAACUCAGUUAUCAACAUAUGCCAGUCCUCAACAUGUACCGCAGGCACCUACCAGCCCUCAAUACAGAGGGCAUUUUCCACCACAUAUAAAUCAGUCACCACGACAACCUACUCCUACUCCACCUUCAGGAUCUCCUAUGCCCCCAGCUUCUCAUACUCCUGAAAGAAUGGUUCAUCCUCCAACAACAUCAACACCCCAAUCUCAGGGAAGUUAUCCUAGCCCUAGUACAAGUCAUAUGUCUAGCCCUGGACAGGGUCCUUCACCUGGUACACCGUCCAAUAGCUUGCAGCAUUUGGAACAAAUGGUGAUGCCAAGAAUGACAACUGGAUCAACUACUCCAUCAGCUGCUCCUCCAAAUAUUGGUGCAUCUUCAAACUCUGUAAUGGUACAAUCGCCAGUUAGUAAUAAUUAUUAUACUCAUCUAUCACAGCCUCAGCCACAUCAUUCUACAGCACCACCAGUGGAAUCAUAUUCUCAACCGCAAAGUCCGGCAUUUUCUCACAUGUCACCACAGCCAAGACCAAUGCAUCAAUAUCUUGGACAGACACCUAUGCCUUCUGAACAACAAUCCCCUAUGAUAAGUCACAAUGUUGGUACAGGACCAAAUGUGCCAAAUUCUCAAACAUUACAUCCAUCCACAACAAGUGGACCUUUGCCAAGAACAAACAAUAAUUCUGGUGUUGAUGAUAGAAUGACAACAGGCCAUUUCACUCCUUCUAAUAUUAAUUAUAAUAAUUCUAAUAAUGGAUCAUUUAUUCAACCAGUUAUGGGUCCAGAAACUGAUAUGCAACACCCACAUACUGUUUCAAGUCCUGUACCUAGCCAUAUAACUCCUGUUCCACCAAACUCUUCUCUUCCUUACCAUUCAAAUCAAUCGUUUCCUUCUGGAAAUUCAUUUGAAAUACAGCAGAUUCAGCAAGAAUUGCAACAGUUAUAUGGCAUGCAUCAAAGUCCUGAAACCCAACAAAAGAUUACUGAAUUACAAGAACGAUUACGUUAUUUUCAAUCCCAAAAUGUACCUCCUAGUACAUCUCCUCUUCCUCCAAAUGCACCUGGUCAACCUAUAUCUUCUGUUUAUGCUCCAUCUCCAUAUGGGUACAAUUCAGGAUCUCAGGUACAUUAUCCUCAAUCACAAAUGCAGCAGUCUGCACAACAUUUUGGCCAACAGGUUUCCCAAAUUCAAGGGUCACAAAAUAAUGGACUUCAUUCUCCAUCUCAAAAAAAUCAUGUAGGGAUGCAGGAUAUAAAUGUGUGCCCACAGCAAAUUUCUGUUGAUCAUGAUCAGGAAAUGAUGGGGAUGCAGCACAAUCAGCAGAAUUUAGCAGUAAUACCACCUAUGUCGCAACCACCUGAUAUGGUACCACCACCUCAAGAAAUUAUGGAUAUGGGCAUUGGGGAAGGACAAGAUCAAAUCAUAACACAGCCUGUAGCAGGUGAAACUAAAAGAAAAGGGAAAGGGAAAAAACAAACAAAAAUCAAGACUAGACCUAAAAGUACAGAUUCUUUGCAGAAUAUUACUGAAAAUGAUUCCAAUCUUGAGUUAUCUGAAGUUGGUAAGGAACAAGAAGUUAAAGUCACAAAGCGAUAUAAAAAGAGAAAAGCUAAAGACAAGGAUCAAAAUGAUUCUCAGGAAGAAAAAGAACCUAAACCAAAGAAACAAAAGAAAACUAAGUCUAAAGAGCCUAAAGAAAGGAAAACAAAACCAACCAAAGAAAGUAAAGAACCUUCAGAAUCAAGUCAAACAGAAGAAGGAGAUGACGUAAAAGAUUUAGAUGAAGGUAAAUGUCUAAAAGAAGGUAAACCUAAGAAAGAGAAAAAGGAAUCUAAAGGAAAGACUAACAAAUUACCAACAUCUAAAGAAAAUAAAUCAAAAUCACCAAAGAAAAAGAUGCCAAAUGUUUACAUUUCUAACAAUUUGUUUUCUAACCAGAAACGUCGUUCAGCUAGAAAUACAAAGAGAAAGAAAUAUACAGAUGAUAUUGAUUUGCAUUUAACUGAUGAUGAUGGAAAUGAUUCAGAUGUUGAAAGGGCAAUUAAGCAAAGCACAGAAGGAAAAGCAGUUCAAGUUAUGAUGGAUAUCAAUGUUGAAGAUUUUAUGGUAGUAGAAAAAAUUCUCUCUAUGAGAAUACGGACAAUUCAAAAAGAGCCUGAAAAUGUUAGUGAAGAAGAAGGUAGUCAGUUAGCAUCUGAAUCUAUUGACAUUGAAGAGUUCUUUGUGAAAUACAAGAGUCUGUCGUACUUGCAUUGUGAAUGGAAAACUCAAGAAGAAUUAGAAAGAAAUGAUAAAAGAGUUUCUCAAAAGAUUAAAAGAUUUAAGCAGAAACGAGAGAAUUUGAGCAAUUUCUUUGAUUUUCUUGAAGAAGAAGCAUUUAAUCCCGAUUAUGUUGAAGUUGAUCGUGUGUUAGAUGUUUCUGAAACAGUUGAAUUAAUACAGCCAAAUACUCUUGAAUCAGAUAUGACAAUAACUGAAGACAAAAAAGAAAAUUCAAAUUCUUCAGAAAAUAAUGAAGAAGUAAAAGAAAUUAAUAAAGAUUUCAUAGAAAGUACAUUAAUUGAAAAAGAAGGAAGUACUGAUACUAAUGAAACUAUAAAAGCAGAUUCAGAAUUAACUAUGGAUACUAAACCAGAUUUUAAUGUAGAAGAACAAAGCGAAGCUUGUGAGAAAUUAGACGUUAAGAAUGAAAGUAAUGAAGAAAGUGAGAAUAAAAAUGCAGAAAGUGAAAAAGUUCAAGAUAGUGAGGAAAACAAAUUGAAAAGAAUUGCUAGACAUUAUUUAGUCAAAUGGAGAGGUUUGCCAUAUGAAGAAAGUACAUGGGAAUUGGAAGAGGAUGUAGAUGCUAACAAAAUUGUACAGUUUCAUCGUUUUAAGGAUCCACCUCCUAAAGAAAAAUGGAAAGUAUGUUGCAUAUAUGUUGGAAAAUUUAUCAACAUAAUUAAUAUGCAACGCACGCCAACUAAAAGAGGAAGACCACCACGUCAAAGGUCAAAAUCGGCUAGUGGAAAGGAAACUGCUUCGACCACUAAUUCCAGGUUAAUUACUGAUUACAAUUCAUACGUUGAAAGAACUUCUCCUGAACCAACCUCUGCAAAUGCAGGUUUGAACCCUGAAACUUCACUUCUAAGUUCACAACUAUCAGGUGAGCCAUUUGAUCUUUUAUCUUCUUCACCAGGAAAAAAUUCAUCUGAUAUAUCAAAAGAUCUGGACCAGAUUCGUAAUAGUAUUCAAGAAACUAAAGAUCAGAAUCAAAAAAUGAAUAGCCAAAUAAUUAAUCUUGAACAACAGAUUGCUAAUUUGAAAAUAGAAAAUGAAAGUAUGCAAUAUCGAAUGGACAAUAUGGUUAAUGCGCAACAUCGCAAUAAUAUAAUGUUAUAUAGAUAUCCCAGUAAAACUAGUCCUACCAAGCUAGAAGUGUUUAAUCUUAUUAAUGAAUCAUUAGAAUUACAUGAAGUUACAAUGGAUGAUAUAAUAGCGAUUAUUCCAAUAACUAAAUCACAGUAUCCAACAAUUAAAUUAAUUAUUAAAAAUACUCAAAUAAGAGAUUACAUAUAUUCGAGUUUUAUAAAAAUGAAACAGCAAAACCUGUCGAACAAUAACAAAUUUUAUUAUUAUUAUUUCAGGCAAAAUUGUAUAUUAGCUGAUGAAAUGGGUUUGGGAAAAACAAUCCAGUCUAUUGCAUUCUUGAAUGAAGUAUCAGAUUAUGGAAUUACUAGUCCAUUUCUAGUAAUAGCACCACUUUCUACCAUUGGGAACUGGCAGAGAGAGUUUGAGACCUGGACUGAUUUAAAUGCAAUUACAUAUCAUGGAAGCUCUGCAAGUCGUAAUAUGAUUCAAGAAUAUGAAAUGUAUUAUAAAAAUGAAAAGGGGGAGAGAAUAUUGGAAGUAUAUAAGUUUCAAGUAAUGAUAACAACAUUUGAAAUUGUACUUAGUGACUGUUUAGAGUUGAGAGAGAUACCUUGGCGUUGUGUUAUUAUUGAUGAAGCACAUCGCUUGAAGAAUAGAAAUUGUAAACUGUUAGAAGGCUUAAGAUUAUUAAAUACGGAACAUCGUGUACUCUUAACUGGAACACCAUUACAAAAUAAUGUUGAAGAACUGUUCAGCUUGUUAAAUUUUCUUGAACCUAAUAGAUUUGUAUCUACAGAAGCCUUUUUGGAAGAAUUUGGUGAAUUAAAAACCGAAGGACAAGUAGAAAAACUCAAAGCUUUAUUAAAACCUAUGAUGCUUCGUCGGUUGAAAGAAGAUGUUGAGAAAAGUUUAGCUCCUAAAGAGGAAACUAUAGUAGAGGUUGAAUUAACAAAUAUCCAGAAAAAAUAUUAUCGAGCAAUACUAGAAAGAAAUUUCACAUUUCUUAGUAAAGGUGGAUGUGGUUCUAAUAUACCUAAUCUUAUGAAUACUAUGAUGGAACUUAGAAAAUGCUGCAUUCAUCCUUAUUUAAUAAAUGGAGCAGAGGAACAAAUAAUGCAUGAUUAUAAAUCCCAGCAUGAAGAUUGUGCAGAACUUGCCUUAAAUGCUAUGAUUCAGGCCUCUGGUAAAUUAGUUUUAAUUGAUAAAUUGUUGCCACGACUUCGAGCCAGUGGACAUCGUGUACUCGUAUUUUCACAAAUGGUUCGAUGUUUGGAUAUAUUGGAAGAUUACUUAGUACAUAGAAGAUAUCCUUAUGAGAGAAUUGAUGGCCGAGUUCGUGGAAAUCUCAGACAAGCAGCAAUAGAUCGAUUUUGUAAACCAGAUUCUGACAGAUUUGUAUUUUUACUGUGUACAAGAGCAGGAGGAUUGGGAAUAAAUCUUACAGCUGCAGAUACUGUUAUUAUUUUUGAUUCUGAUUGGAAUCCUCAAAAUGAUUUACAAGCACAAGCUAGAUGUCAUAGGAUUGGACAGUCCAAAGCUGUAAAAGUUUAUAGAUUAAUUUGUCGUAACACAUAUGAGAGAGAUAUGUUUGAUAAAGCAAGUUUAAAACUUGGAUUAGAUCGAGCAGUUCUUCAAUCAAUGAAUUCUCAAAAAGACAGUCUGGGUGGAGUGUCACAACAGUUAUCUAAGAAAGAAAUUGAAGAUCUACUGAGAAAAGGAGCUUAUGGUGCUAUAAUGGAAGAUGAUAAUGCUGGAGACAAAUUUUGUGAGGAAGACAUUGAUCAUAUUUUGCAACGUCGAACUCAUGUUAUCACAUUAGAAGGUGAAGGAAAAGGUUCAACAUUUGCUAAAGCAACAUUUUCUGCUUCAAAUAAUAGAUCAGAUAUUGAAAUUGAUGAUCCAAAUUUCUGGGAAAAAUGGGCUAAAAAAGCAAAUCUUGAUGUGGAUGAACUUAAAAAUAGGAAUGACUUAAUAAUUCAAGAACCUAGACGACGCACCCAAACGAGAAGAUUUGGAGCAGAUGAUCAUAUGUUAGAUUUGUCUGAAUUAGAAUCUAGUGAUGAUGAUGACGAAUCAAUUUCAACUCGUACAAGGGGUGCCCGUGGACGUGGUUCUCGUACAGGUCCUACUCGAGGCAGAGGGUCUAGAAAUAGACGUUUAUUUGAUAGAGAGAUUGAUGAUGGUUUUGACGAAGCUGCUGGAAAUUGGUCUAGAGGAGAAUGCUUUAAAGUUGAAAAAGGAUUACUUACAUUUGGAUGGGGAAGAUGGGAAGAAUGUCUAGCAAUGGGUUGUUUCAAAAGAUCUUUUACUAUAAAAGAUGUUGAAGAAAUAUCAAGAGUUAUUUUGUUAUAUUGUUUGCAACAUUACAAAGGAGAUGAAAAAAUUAAAGGAUUCAUUUGGGAUCUUAUUACUCCAACUGCUGAUGGUGAAACUCGUGUACAUAAAAAUCAUUCUGGCUUAUCGGCUCCUGUGCCUAGGGGACGAAAAGGCAGGAAAUUAAAAAAAGAAAUAAAACCAUUUUAUAAUUUGUCAGAAGAAUGGAGUAUGUGGAUCAGAAAUGAAAAGAACAAUCCCGAUUUUUUACUGACUGAUGAAACCUAUAAGAGACAUUUACAGAGGCAUUCAAAUAAAGUAUUGCUUAGAGUGAGACUUCUCUAUUACUUGAAACAUGAAGUUAUUGGAGAUCUUCAUGAUCAAGUUUGUGCUGGAAUUCCUGCAACAGAGAUACAUUUACCUUCACCAUGUGCUGAUGGAGAGCCACCUGCCAUCUGGUGGGAUCCAGAAGCUGAUAAAUCUCUCUUGAUUGGAGUUUAUAAACAUGGUUAUGAACGUUAUAAUGUAAUGAGACAUGAUCCUUCAUUGUGUUUCUUAGCAAGAUGUGGUCCACCAGAUCAUGCAGCUCUUCUAGCUGAACUGAAUGUAAUGGAUGAUUAUUUAGAUGAUCCACCAUCCAAUAAAUAUUUAAAUGACUUCAAAUUUGAGAAAGAAAUGGAAGAAGAAUUUCCCGAAUCUCCUGCCGUUUCUACAAAUGACAGUCUUCCAUCAAAAUUUUCUGGAUCUGAAGAAGUAUCUUCCUUCAAUGCUCAAGAUACAAAUUAUGAAAUUGGAAAAUUACCAUUUCCAUCACCAACUGAUUUAAAUACGCGAUUGAGGCGGAUUAUAACAGGAUAUCAGAGGAGUCAUAAAAAACAAGAAUUAAAAUUGGCACAAAAGGCUAGGAGAAUUGAACGACGUGAAAAGUUUGAAGCAGCUAUAAAAGAAAGAGAAAUGAAAAAGAAAGAAUUGCAGCAACGACAGAAAAGGUGGUCAAGAAGAGAAGAAGCAGACUUUUAUAGGACAGUUUCUACAUUUGGUGUUGAGUAUGACCAUAAAAAGGGAACUUAUAAUUGGAAUCGUUUCAGAGCCAUUGCUCGUUUGGAUAGAAAAUAUGAUGAGACUUUAACUGAAUAUUUUAUUGCUUUUUAUGGCAUGUGUAAGAGAGUAUGUGGAAGAAAACUUACAGAUGAUGAAGAACCAAUCUCUGAAGAAAGAGCAAGUCGCUGUUUGCAGAGGAUAGAUUUGUUAAAUAAAAUCCGUGAAGAGAUAAUGACGCAUCCAGAAUUAGACCUUCGUCUUAAGCUGUGUCAACCAUCCAUGGAUCUUCCAGACUGGUGGCAGUGUGGAAAGCAUGAUAAAGAUCUUCUAAUUGGAGCAGCAAGACAUGGUUUAAGUAGAAUGGAUUACCAUUUGUUACAUGACCCAGAUUUAUCAUUCAAAGAUGUUGCAAGAAAACAAUCAGAAAAAAAUGCUCAGAAAAACAGCAGUCAUGUGUCAACACCAACUGGUUGUACCAGUCCUGUAACAAGUGUUAAUUCAGUCGAGGAUCGUGAAAAUGACAUAAAAGAAGAAAAAAAGGAAGAAUUGGUUGAAGAAAUGAAUAAAACUUCAGAGAUUACAGAACCUGAAAAAGAUGAAGUAGAGUCCUCAACUGUCAUAACUGAAACAAAUAAUACAGAAGAUAAAAAUGUUCCAGAAGCUGUUUCGGAAGAUUUGGUUAAAAUUAAGACAGAAAAUGACGAUAAUCAACAGGAAAUUGAAAGUUCAAAAGUAGAUAAUGUAAAUAAUAAUGAAGAAAGCAAUAUAGUAGAAGAAGAAGAAGAAGAAGAAGAAAAAAAAUGUGAGGAAGAAAAUAAAGAAGUUAAAACAAAAGAAAUAGAAACAGAAGAAAAUGAUGUUAAAAAGCUAGAAAUAACUGAAAAUGCAGAAAUACCUGAAGUAAAAAGUGAAAUUCUUGAGGAUACACCAAAAGUAGAGGCAGAAAAGGAAACAGAAGAUCAAUCUGAUAAUACAUUAAAAGAAACAAACAAGGAAAUUCUUGCACCCAAUCUAGAAGAUUCUCAGGAAGGUACAUCUCAAAAUGAUGAACUUGCAAGUCAAGAGAGUUUUAACAUAGAUAUUGAUAUAAAUGAACCUACAGUAGCGCAAUUACUUGCUCAAUCGUCUGGUUCAUCUGUUCGAUGGCCAAAGGAUAAAGUUCUUCAGAUUCGUUUGGAACAUAUUUGUCAUGCUGUGGAAAAGAAUGAAUGGCCAACAAUUCGUCCUAGUUUCCUUCAAAAUUUUCCAGGUUUGACAUCUUUAUCCAGUUUAUCUACUUCAGCUUUACCACCACCUACUAGUGCUUCUCCUAGUAGAGUUUCACCUGCACCAAGUAUAUCUAGCCAAGGACAAAGCAGUGAACCUACUCCUUAUGCAACACCAGAACAUACACCACACAGAGAAUCAUUUUUACCAGAUAUCCGUAUUUCUCCCGAAUUAGGAAAUUCAAGUCAUAAAAGUCCAAGUCAUAAUGAUGAUAGCAUUAAAGUUCACAGAAGACGAAGACGACGACGCAGAUUUGAAAUAGAAGCUGAAAGAGCCAAGUUACGUGCUCUUUUAUCUCAGAAUAUCCAGAAUAUUCAACAUCACCAGCAACAAUUACAACAAGUGCAACAAUUUCUUACUCCAUCAUCUGCAACUUCAAUUCUACAACCUCGUCUAUGGAAAGAACACAGUGUAAUUGAAGGAGAGAAAUCAACUUCAAAUUCCACGUCUGUAACUUCUAGUUCUAAUGGUCCUCCUCCGGCUCAUCAGAAUUCUGCUCCUCGUUUAACUACAUCAACAGGAACUUUAGAUCUACGUGUAAAACCAUCAUCAUCACAAUCUGUUACGCUUACUAAUUCAAAUUCAGUUCAAAGAAAUCAAGAAACCGGAAACUCUCCAUCUUCUCCUAUGGAUUUAAGUUCAACAUCAUCUCCUUUUGGUAUAUCCUCGUUUGAAUCACAAAGCCCUAGUCAAAGAAGUAGAGGUGGUAGUUCACCAUUAAAUGGAGAAAUGCGUGGUAGAGGACGAGUUCGCCCCCGUGGAAAAUUAAAUGGUAGAGGUGGAAGUCGUAUAGACGCACUUGCAUUGAAUUUGCAAGCCAGAAAACAACAACAGAUAAUGGAAGAACAGCAGCAACAACAGCAACAAAGACAACAUCAGUCAGUUUUACAAACCUCUUCAAUUUUACAUGAACUUGGUCAGCAAGAAAAAUCUAGAGAUACUGAAUUACAAGAUCAUGAAUUACAAUUAUUAAAAGAGCAUGCUCAAGAAUUACAGUUACAUGGAAAGAAGGGUGGUGGUGGUAGUAGUACAGAAGAAAGUGUACGCUUAUUAAGAAAUCGAAAUGUAUCAUUGGGUUUGGCAUCACCAUCAGUAGCUCAUUCGUCUUCCAUAAGACAUGAUUCAGAUAAUUCUGCAUCAAGGAAACUUCAUUCAGGAAACAAAAUUGAAGAAAGACUUUCCAAUAAUCCAUUCCUAACUGAUCAAAACGCUGCUGUUCAUCAAGAUUUUAAGAAAUGGUUAGAAGAACACCCAGAAUUAGUAGCUGCUAAUCCAAAUUUACUAGCAGCAGCUGCAGCUAUGGCAUUCAAUCCUAUGCCUUGCAUGCCACAUACAGAACUGCUUGAAUUACCUGAUAGUAGAAGAAGAGGUAGGAGACCUCGUAUCGAUCCUUCAAAGUUGGAUUAUGAGAGGCUUACAGGAGAGGAAAAUGUUUCUGUAAUAAAUAGAAUCACUGGUAAAAAAAUAACAGGGAGUAAAGCUCCAACUCUAAAGCAUCUGGCAGAUUGGUUAGAAAAGAACCCAAUGUUUGAUGUUGAUCCUAAGUGGGGACCUCUUGUGCGUGAUAAAGGUAAUCUUCCAGAAGGAUUACAUAAACGGAUUAUGACACCUUUAGAAAAAAGAGGUCGUCGCACAGCUGCUUCUAUGUUAGCCAGUGCUCAAGCUAUGGGUACACCUUCCUCGACAUCAUCUAGUUUAGCUUUCCCAUCAACUUCAAGUAUGAGUCCUCUCAGCUUUGCUAAUACAGGAAUGUUAACAGGUUUUCCAGGCAUGAAAUUUUUUGUGGAUUCAACUAAGAGUAGUUCAACAACUCCAACAACAGCAACAAGUACAACUACUCCUUUGUUUCUUCCAUUUGGAGGAUUGGCUAGUAUGGGAAUUACUAGCCCUCUCUUUGGCUUCCCAGGGUUCAAUUUUCAGGGACUUGGAAGUACAACUGCCUCUUUAAAUAGUUCAACAACCUUAUCUUCAUCAAAAGAAAAGCAUGAGAAGGAAAGAGAGAAAAAUAAAGAUGAAAAGGUUUCAGAAAGUUCGUCUCGGAAGAUAAGUGGAACAAAUGAAAAAUUAUCGGGAACUGGAACUACAGGAUCUAGUAACAAUACAUCAAGUUCUCCAUUAUCAUCUGCAUCAUCUUUACCUUUUCUCCACUAUGCACCUGGACUAUUAUAUAAUCCUUUAGGGUUGGGUGGAUUUGCACUUUCUCCUAACCUUCCUGCUUCUUUUGCAUCAUUAUCACAAGCAGGCUUGGUAAAUGGUUUAGGUAACUUAAGUACAUCAGUUACUAGUACAUCAAUAACGCCCACAACAUCAACUUCCCUCAGUACCCGAACAACAAAUUCUUCACUUCUCAGAACAGUCCCUACAUCACGAAGUAAUAGGGAAUCAGGUGUUGACAAGAGGCUAGCAAGUCAUGAUUCUGACAAUGAAAGUAUGAAAUCAUUUUUAGGUAAUCAUGAUGAAGAAGAGGAGGAAAGGAAGCUGGAAAGUUCAUCUUUAAAUGAUCAUGUGAGAGAAGAUUUAAGUGUAAAAGAAGUUGGCAAUUCUACAUCAUUGUUACAUUUUUCUAAACCUGUGGAAAAGGCUAAUCUUGUUUCUGAAAAAUUAAGCAAAAAUGAAAGGACUGAGGAAUUUGAAGAAAAAACAGACAUUUGUAAACCACAAGUAGAUUUUCACAGUAAGCAAAAUGAAAGAAUAAGUGAAGAUCCUACCUCAUUGAAUAAAAAUUCUUUAGAAGAAGAAAAACCAUCUUAGUGUUUUUGUUUUAACUGUGAUAGAGUAUUACUAGAAAUAACUUGAUGUACAAGAAAUAAAUGCAACUUACUGCCAUUUAGCACCUGUUUUGCCAGGGUUGUAGUGGCACAUUACAGACUUCGUGUUAAAGGGCAUGGACAAGAUCUUAUACUUUUUAAAUGAUUCUCAGAAUAUUUCAUUUACUGAGUGUGGAACAUUCAAGAGACAAACUGUGUUCAGAAUAUUAAUUUUGACAUCUAUAUUAUGUAUUAACAACUGUUGUGCAUUUAAUUUUUUUGUCUAUAGGUAAAAGACAUUGAAACCUCACAUUGUGACAAACAGCUUUAUCAUCUCCCUUAUACGGGUUAAUUGGGUUACAUUUUAGAUCAAUUGGGGUUAGGUUUCUAAAUAUUUGGCUGUCGAACUAAUGUAAUUGACUGAUUUGCAGCUGUUCUGCCUGAUGUCAAGCUCAAGCACAAUUGACAUGGUAAAUUUUUAGAUAUACAUUCCUUACAAUAGGUUCAGUAUUCAGCUGUUUGUACUUAAUCAUGUAGAGGGCUGUUAGUGAAUUAUUUAUAACAAUCGUGUUGUGGUCAGAUUGCUGCCAACAGGUAGUUAUUGUACUGUUUUGCAGUUUCUUAAUUAAGACUUCUGUACAUACCAACUAUUUUGAAACAGGCAGCUUAUUUAUUUUAAUACAGGACAGAUCUUGCUACUCAGAUGACCAGCAGCUCAGGCAUAGUGCACACUCCCUAAUAAUUUUGCAGGUGCUUCUGUCAGGAAAAUAUUCUCCUGGGUAUGGCAUAAUUAUUCUUAACUUUACCUCAUUGCCAAUACUAAAUGGCAGUAAAUACAUCACAUCUCCAUCCUGCAGAUUACUAUAAACUUUAUUAUAUUGGUUAAAAAUUGAACUAUGUAAUAUAACAACUUUGAACAAACCUGCUUUCAGUAUUGCCUGUUCUCAUCUCCAUUCCAUGUUGAUGGCUGUGUAAAAAGAACCUGUUGCAGUUGUUUACUUUGGAAUGAAGACAUUAAAAAUCUGUAACAUUA